CACAAGGUCAAUUUCAAAGGAGGCCCUGCUAGGGCUGUAACAGGUUGCUUUCUGUUAGUUAUCACUAUGAGGGGAGCGUGGAUAAAGCGGCUACUGUUCUUACUUUGGGCCACUGGGGUCAUCCUAUACUUGGGCACGUUUCUGAUGAAUGGAUACGGCAACAGAGUGCAUACAAAUAAAGACUUGGACAUAUCUCAUGUGAUGAAGAGAUUUUUCGACCUCGAGACACAAAUAAGCAAUCUAAAUAAGGCAAUCCGAAGUUUUGAGGAAAGGCAGGAUGUCAUGCAGCAAAAGUUGGAAGAAGACAGAGACAGACACAGAAAAUCAACAGAGGUCCAACAGCAAACAGAGAAGCAGAAGGAAGUAAAUAUCCAAUCCCAAAAUGAGGCAACCCAAAUGAAAAAGUCUGAACAACUGUUCCCUAACUCGGCCUUGUUCAAUAAGUGGGGGGCAAAUCUCUCUGAGGAUGACCAAAGAGAGGCUCAGAGCCUGUAUGAGAAGUAUGGGUACAAUGUUUUUCUGAGCGACCGCCUCCCUCUGGAUCGACCUCUUCCAGAUACCAGAGAUCCUCGGUGUUUGAAAAAGAGUUACCCCAAGGACCUGCCAAGUCUCGGAGUAGUGCUCAUCUACCUGGAUGAAGCCCUGUCUGUUCUCAAAAGAGCCCUGCGCAGCAUCAUCGACCGCACUCCGAAAAACCUGCUGAAGGAGAUAAUAAUGGUGGAUGACAAUAGUUCUAAUGGUCUGGAUGCUGACCUUGACAUGUAUGUGAAGUCGCUUGAGCAGGAGAACCCUAAUCUCCGUAUUGUGAAAGUGAGGCACAGCGAGCAGAGAGGUCUCGCUUAUGCCAGAGCAUCCGGGUGGAGGGCUGCUACUGCUGACGUGGUGGCCAUCCUGGACGCACACAUUGAAGUCCAUGAGAUGUGGGCUGAACCUCUGCUGACACAGAUUAAAGCUGACAGAACUGUGGUGGUUUCCCCGGUGUUUGAUAGAGUCAACUUUGAUGAUCUCGAAGUUAUCGAAUACCCUCCAACAGCACACGGCUUUACCUGGGCUCUGUGGUGUAUGUAUGAGGGUUUUACACCCGAGUAUUACAAACUUAAUGAUGGUUCACUGCCUGGGAAGAGUCCAUCUGUCAUGGGGAUCAUGGUUGCUGAUAGAAAGUUUCUGGGGGAAAUUGGAGUCCUUGAUGAAGGAAUGAAAGUGUAUGGUGGGGAAAAUGUUGAGCUGGGAAUUCGUGUAUGGACAUGUGGAGGCAGCAUUGAAGUUGUUCCAUGUUCCAAGAUCGCCCACAUCGAGAGGGCUCACAAGCCCUACAUGCCUGACCUGAGUCCUGCCAUGAAGAGAAAUGCCCUCAGAGUUGCAGAGAUCUGGAUGGAUGAAUACAAGCACAAUGUUAACUUGGCUUGGAACUUGCCACUUCAGAAUCAUGGAAUUGACAUAGGCGACAUUUCAGAGAGGAAGAAACUCAGAGAAAGGCUGAACUGUAAACCUUUCAAAUGGUACCUGGAUAAUGUGUAUCCUAAGUUGGAUCCCUGGGACGACCUACUCGCAUAUGGAGGAAUGAAGAACCUUGAUGCUGACAUGUGCAUAGACCAGGGUCCAGCACCAGGUCACACACCGAUUGCCUACAUGUGCCACAACUUUGAACCUCAAUACUCAUAUUAUCGUGGAACGGGUGAGCUCUACAUUGGCAGGAUCAAGUCACAUAAGUACAGUGACAAUAAAUGUUUAGCUGACACAGGCACAGAAGAAACUGCGCCUGGCCUGUACAACUGUAAGGAGGCUAUGCAGAAAGGCAUGGGGAUAUACUGGGACUUCACUCAGGGCAAAGAACUGAAGAACAGACAGACAAAGAGAUGCCUGGAAAUUAUAAAACAGAAACUUCUAAUACAGGAAUGUACAGGUCAAAGAUGGCAAAGUCAAAACAUAGUCAAACCCUUUUAAAGUGUGUUUGAGCUCUGCUGAUAGCCCAGUGUGUUACAUCUGAAUGCCCUUGGGGACAUUAAAUGUAUUUGUUAUUAAAUGUAUGGGAUAAAAUGUAUUUUCUUUUCAAUAUUAUUCAUGUCACUUUUUUGAUAAAGUUUUAUAAUGCAGGUUAUUUAGAAGUAAUACCCUAAAAUUUUGUACAAAACAUUUUCAGUUUACAGUAGAACUGCAAACGUUGAGGCUUUCACAAUUUUUUAAACAAAUGUCUGACUAGAGGUGACUUAAAUGGCACUUCAUUUGCUUACAAAACCAUCUGUCAUUUAGCUUAUAAGCACACAUUGUGCAACAAUGUUAAUUCUAUUUUCCUCAAGGACACCUUUACAUAUUCUGUAAAAGUACACAUUAAAGUCAACAAGUUAAAUCA